AUGGGGUCACGAGGAUCAAAAUUUCGGGACGAUACGUUGGAUAAAUACAAGAAUAUACUUCCAGAAUUAGAUGGUUGGAGUUAUGUGCAUUAUAUUAAUAAUUUGAGAGAAGAAAUAAAGAAGCAAAAAUGGAAUGAUAAAACAUAUGAGGAGUUUUUAAAAGAAAAAGGUUGGAAACGAGGAAAAACGUCUAAUCCAGUGGAUAGAAUAUGUGCGUGGGAAAAAGUCCAGCAAGAUAUUUUUCGUGCUGUUAUGGAUAGUUAUUCAACUACAGCCUUUACGUGGGAAGAACAAGCGAAGACUUUAUUAAAUGAAGCACGAAAAAAGCAUUUUAGAGGCCAAACGUGCGAUAUAUUUAAUAAUAAUUUAUAUGAUGAAAGCGAUAAACGUAUAACUAAACCUGAUACAAUAUGCGACUCUCAUAUAGUUAAAGGAUUAUGUAUACCUGAAAGAAGAAAAAAUUUUGAUCUAAAGGAUUUUAAUAAAACACUUUAUGAUAUACUUUCAUCAAAUCAUGGGCAUGUCGAUCAACGACAUGCUAUAUCUGCUGUUCCUAUGGCCAUAGGAAGUCUUGCUAACCAAGUUAAGUCUAGUAUAGUCGAUUUAAAAACAAAAUAUGCUAAAACUAAUGAAGAAAUAUGUACACUUAUGAGACGAACAUAUGCGGAUGCUAUGGAUAUAUUAAACACAAAAGAUAUUUAUGAUAAUAAAUUAUCGAUAAAUGUACAGUGUAUGUUAAAAAAUAUAAGUAAUCAUUUAAUAGGUGACAGCAGUAUUGAUAAUUUGAUGAAAAAAUAUUUUGAAGAAGAAAUUGAAAAAAAGUUAAGAACAAACAAUGUUUAUGAGGAUGAUAAUAAUACAAAAAAAUGUAAUUUAGAUGAUACCAGUUACACGAAAAAACCUCAAUGUUUACGUUUUUUGGAAGAAUGGUUUGAGGAAUUUAUGCAAAAAAAAAAAAUAUAUGAAGAACGUAU